UUUUUUUCCUCUUUUUUCUUUUUUUCUUCUCUCUCUCUCUCUCUCUCUUCCUCUUCUUUUUUUCUUCUCUCUCCGAGACGGGAGGCAUGAGGUUCCGAGACACCUGUCAGCAGCACCACACACCCAGAAGCCGUGUGCGCUGCAACUAGAGGCUGCGUGUGUUUUAACCAUGCACGCGCCGCUGUCGUUAUUAUAGCCUCCCGGUGUCCAAAGAGCGUAAAGUUAUUCUGCUGCUGUUUUUCUUUGUGUCAUCCUUCGGGUGUUUUUUUAAAAUUAUUUUAUUUUUUUAUUUAUCUCAAGCCGCAUGAGUUCUCCGCUGUUUCUAGGGCAGCUGCUCGGGGUUCCGUUAGAAAUAAUGCACCCCACCGCCAUGGAGAAAGACACGACUCACACCAAGAUCUUCGUCGGCGGGUUGCCGUAUCACACCAACGACGCAUCACUUCGGAAAUAUUUCGAGACUUUCGGUGACAUCGACGAGGCGGUGGUGAUCACAGACAAACAGACGGGCAAGUCCAGAGGAUAUGGCUUUGUGACCAUGGUGGACCGGGGAGCAGCGGAGAGGGCGUGCAAAGACGCCAACCCCAUCAUCGACGGCAGGAAGGCCAACGUAAACCUGGCGUACCUCGGAGCGAAGCCUCGCAGCUCGCAAUCGAGUCUCUCUGUUGGAGUUCAGCAAGUCCAUCCUACGUGGGCUCAGAGGCAAUACGGGCUCGCCCAGCAGUACGUCUACCCCCAGGCCUUCCUGCAACCCAGCCUGGUGCUGCAGUCCCAGCUCAGCCCCACGGCAGCAGCGGCCGCGGCGGCCCUCGCCUCCCCUUACCUGGACUACAGCUCCGCCUACAGCCACUACGCCCCCACGGGACUGGAGCAGUACCCCUACGCCCCGUCCCCGUCGCCCUCCGCCGGCUACCUCAGCUACAGCUUCUCCCCCGGCGGCGCGCCGGCGUCCCCGACCCCUCCGGCCGCCCUCCACCCUCCUCUGGCCGCGCUCACCGCCAUGUCUGCCGCCCCGCAGGCCUUCCUCCACUACCCUCUGCACCAGCCCGACCGCAUGCAGUGAGCAGCUCGGGCGGAGCCCCCCCGAACUGAUGAUUCAAAGCAGCAGUGACUGUUGACCUGUGACAUCAUCAGGACUGGUUCACCCAGGGAGAGAGUGAUGUAAUCAAAAGGGCUUUUUAGAAAGCACUCUCAUUCCUGUUUCAUAUAUAUAUAUAUAUAUAUAUAUAUAUAUAUAUAUAUAUAUAUAUAUAUAUAUAUAUAUAUAUAUAUAUAUAUAUAUAUAUAUAUAUAUUAUUGUUGUUGUAAUAGGUGAUGAAAAUGUUCUAUCGCUACAGUCAUCAGCACUCGAUCUGAAUGUUUUUCACACACGUGGCGGACGACUGGUAAUCUUCUGGAUGUUUCUGUCUGACCACACUGAUCCCGAGGUUGGAGGCAGGGCCGUGCGGCCGGAGAGCGAGCGCAGGUAAAGACGACGAGCAAAGUGUCGCGUCUGAGACGACGGUUUUCCUCCAAAGGUACCGAACUGAACGCUGGAUAUUAGCCAGGCCGAAGAGUUCCUCUUUCAGAAACAAAAGCCCAAUUACCUCCUCUUCAAGGUUACCUUUCUGUCUAUGGCCUUAGAGAUCUCUCUCUCUCUCUCCUUCUCUCUCUCUCUCUCUACCUGGUUCAGUUUGUCAUUUUUUUAUUAGUCUCUCAUCUCAAAAUGAACAAAAUGUUUUAAUCGUGCUCCCCUUUUUCUCUCUCGUUUGUUUCAUCUGCCGCUUGGCGAGUCAUUACACGGUGAUGAUCACAGUUUAACAGAAUAUGCAAUGACGAUGAUCAAAGGACGAGCAUGAUGCAAGGUAGACGACACUGGUAUUUUGUAUUUUGUAUUAUUGCUGCCGCUAAAGCAUUUACCGAGACAAAGACUUAGUUCAUUAAAACACAAUAGUCAUCACAUUAAAUGCAGCAGGCUUAUUAGGCUAUUUUUUUCUUUCUUUUUUAAAACCUGUACCCUUUGGAGCAAGAGUGCGUGGAUGGUUGUUUUUUUAUGAAUACUUCAAUUACAAAGUUGUCAAUACAUAUCAAAGUAAAUGUGUUUUGGAUGUAGGUGAUGUUUUCCUGAAUAUGUGUGAGUGUACAUGGUGCCUGUUUGUUUGUUUGUUUGUUUGUUUGUGUACGAGUCGAGCAGGAGAGAAAUAGAGCGAUGCGGUGUACGUCAGUGUCAGGACCGAGCCCGUCAGAGUCUUUUGUCUUGUUGUUGUUGUUUUUUCAGCUGCAGAAUACAGACGGAUGCUUCAGCGACGAGUCUCUUUUUAGUAAAGUUAUAAACCAAGCCAUACGUCACAUUUAAAACGAAUAUGCAAAAUAAAAAUGAAUAUUUCUAAAUUA